UGUUGGUUGAGAGCGCGCACACAGCAUGUAGCAGAAGUUAGUGGCUGCUAACAUUACUGUUAACGUAAUGCAACAUAGUGCAUAAUUAGCUCGAUUUGAAGAGUACAUGAAGCGAUGGGGGACAUGUUUUACUAAACAUGGAGAUAUUUAGUGACGAGACGGAGUUGACGGAUAUCCAUAUGUUCCAAAGGUUUGUGGGUAUGUUUGAGGGACGUCCUCGUCUUGAAAGGAUAGUAAGAAUUGGCCUUCUUGGUAUGGAAUACGAUGACGAGCUAGAUGAUACUGGUGAGGAUGAUUAUGAAAGUCAGAAUUGGCCCCAUGGUUACAACAAUUUACACAGAUACCCAAGGUUCUCUGACAUAAGUAGUGAUAGAGGAUUUAGAGGGAACCAUACGAGGUCAUCCAGCUCCAAUUAUCAGCCUCCACUGCACUACUAUACUUCAGCUGACCUUCCUCGCCCGCCCUCUGUAAAAGUUCAGGCAAAGGAGAGUGAUACUGAAAGAAGGGCCAGAUUAUUACAAGAAACUAAAAAAGGCAAAGAAAAGGCUGAGAAGAAGCGGCUUAAGAAACAGAAGCAGAAGGAAAAACGGCGUGAGAAGAUGGAGAAGGAAGAACAGACCCCCUCAAAAAAUGAAGAGGGGACAAAGGAGGCAGAGCAGUCUAAAGCAGCGGAGAGUAAACCAGUUAAUGACAAAUCCAAAGAUGAUACAAACUCCAGUGUUAAACAGUUGGCUUCAGCUAAAGAUACAGACAGCAGUGAUGAUGAAUCCAGUGAUGAAGAUAGUGAAACCAAGAACGACUCCUGUGACUCUGAGGAACUGGAUAUGACAAGUACUUUUGUGACUAAAGCUGCUCUCAUAGCUAAGCGUAAAUUGGAGCAGAAGCCCAGGCCUGAGAGGAAGGAGAAAAAGAUCCCGGUUAAGGAGCAUAAAAAAACAGUCCCUGACAAACCUAAUGAAGACCCAGAGGGUGAAAAGAAGGAUUCUGCGACCCCUACCAUCCCCUCUAUUGAAGAUAAUAUAAAAAUAAGUACUGAGCUUGCAGUUAUUGGAAAUAGGUUUGCAAGUUCUGGAGACUUUAAUAUGGCCGUGAAAUACUUCACGGAUGCAAUUAAAUACAACCCUAAAGAGUUUAAGUUGUUUGGCAAUCGAUCCUUCUGUUUUGAAAAGAUGCAAGAAUAUGAGAAGGCACUGACUGAUGCUGAGUUGUGUCUCAAUAUGUGUCCAGGCUGGGUCAAAGGCCUGUUCAGGAAAGGCAGAGCUCUGGCUGGUCUAAAGAGGUAUGAGGAGGCUUCCCAGGCCUUCAGGGAUGUUCUCAAACUGGAUGGUUCAUAUGCAGAAGCUGCCCAGGAACUAAUGCGGGUGCAGAUUACACAUCUAAUGGAGUAUGGUUUCACUCGCGAUCAGAGCUCAAAUGCUUUAAUUAUUCACGGGACAGUUGAAAAAGCGCUAGAGGUGUUGUCCAAAUUAAACCAUCGACCAGGAGCCGCUCUCCCACCAGCUCAAGUAGUGAAUGUCACCGGAGUUUCUCCAGUCCUUUCAGCCAACACAAACUGUGCACCUGCUCAUCCUCCUCAGUCCCAGGAUGCAUCAAAAACAUCACUUAAGAACAACCCAUUAGGCCAAGUUCAGAAUAUGUCAAAUGUCCAGAGUCAACCAAAGCCUGUUCCUAAUCAUGCAGUGAAGAGCAGCAAUGAAAAAAGUCAAAAACCACUGGAGCUGUUUCCAGUUUGGGUGGGAAACCUGAUUUACCCAGUAACUGAGUCUGUGAUAACCAACCUGUUUAACAAGGCUGGGGUUGUCUAUAGUGUGAAGGUUCUGGUUACCAAACGAUGUGCCUUCGUAAACUUUACUAAACCAGAGUAUUGUGAUGAAGCAAUCCGGCGCUUUCAUGGCUUUGAGCUGAAUGGCAUGAAGAUUGCUGUGAGAUAUCCAGACAGGAUUCCUCAUGGCAUGGGAAUUUCAAAAUCUGCCCUCAAAGCUGCAAGAUGAAAAUAUGAAGCAAAGCGCAGUUGGACGCCAAAGACAGAGAGACAGAGAUGACCACAAGCACUAAAAGUAAACAAGAUGCCUCUGAGAUAUCUCAAUAAAAGCAAAAUCACUCAAACUGUCCAGUACAGACUAAUCAAUGGCACCUACUUCCUCUUGAACUGGUCCAUGUGUUUUUAAUGGACCAUAGAAACACUGACACUUACUGCCAAGGUUGGGAUUAUUUUUCUUAAAGUAAUGCAUUACUGACUAAAAAUGACUCCAAUUUCUCCAAAUAGAUGAACAUCUUAUAUAUUUUUUACCAAAAGUUUAAAACUAUCAGGUAUUAACAGAAGCUUUUUGAUGCCAAGAUUGUUAAAGCCUGAUCAGUAUAGUGGAGGGCUGUUGAUAUUUGUGUUUUAAAUGUCAAUAUAAGGAAACUCAGCUAAGAAUUAACAUAUAUACAUGAUGAUUCAACACUCUGCAGUACAAUAAUUAUGUGUUUAAUUAAUGUCUGAAACUUAUUAUUUUAUUUGGGCCCAAAAUCCAGCAUCACAGGCUCUAGAAGUUAUUGCAGUUUGUUUGUUUGUUUUUUUUUACAGUUGAAAAACAGUGAGAUGCUGAGCUUAUUUAAAUAUGGUGAACUUUACAGUAAGGUAUUACAAGACUCACAUUUACAACGUAUCUAAAUCAUCUGUAUUCAUAUCCAUUCAGAAUUAAGUUUACUAUUCACUUUACUUUUAAUACACCUUUAUCCUAUCGUUCUAUAAACUAUCCUUAUAAUUCUCUAUAAUACAACAGGCACUAUUUUUGUUGCAUGCAUACUUACUGUUUAACUGUUCAAGGUUCAUUGUAAUUCACAAGAUUACAUUUCAUCAGUGGUUGAUCAUGGGGUGGUACAUCUUAUAUUUUAUUCAGAUGCCCUCAGUAAUUAUGGAGUUAUCGUGUUCUUAAGUCAAGAAUUAAAGAUUAUUUCAUUUUC